GUCUGUCCAGGGCAAGGCGCAGGGAACGCGCCGAAGCAGCCGCCUGUUGCGUCACAGCCAGACGCAGUCGGCAAAGCCGCUGGACACGUCGCCCGCCGGGCACGAAAGAAGGCGCCCGGGAAUUCGCGCGCAGAGCUGCCCGAGUGCUUCGGAGAGGACUUCUGGGUCUCUCCUGGCACCGCGAGGAUUCCAGACCUGGAGCGCAUCUCAGAGCUGCUUUCCAGCGUCAAGGCGCGAGAGCAGCCGAAGAAGAGUGUGACCGAGAUAGUGGCUGCCUCAAAGGACCAGUGGCUGCGACGACUCAAGAUGGGCUUCUCCCUGCUUUUUGAGGGCGUGGGCUCAAAGUGGCAGCUGCUGGAAGCCUUUGCAGAGUCCCUGCGCCCGGCUUGGGACGUGGCCUGCCUGGACGCCUUCGACGCCCACGCCACGCUGCCCGCCUUCCUGCGCCAGCUGCUGGCGUACCAGAACCAGCACCGAGGGGCAGCCUCCUUGGACGGCCUCGUCGCCGCCGUGCUUGCAGUUCUGCAGGCGCCCUUGGUGCUCGUCGUGCACAACGUGGAGGAGCUGGCGCCGGCGCACCAGGCGGCUUUAAGCGCGUUGGCCAGGGAUCCCAACGUGCGGCUCGUGGCCUCCGUUGACCAUCUUUGGGCACCGCUGCUUUGGAGCAAUGACAUGCUGAAGGAUUUCAACUUCUGCAGGGAGGAGGUCCACACUGGCGAAAGCUAUGAUCUCGAGCUACGGGGCAAGUUUCCUGACAUGCCGAGUUGGUGUGACCCCUUCACUGUGGAGGUGGCAUCCAAGGUGAGCAUCGGCUUGGUGCUGAAGAGCCUCACCAACAACCACCGGGAGCUGGUGGAGGUCAUGGCGAAGAACCAGCUGGAAGGCGUCGUCCCUUGGAGAAAACCCACAAGAGUGGUUAUCUCUCAAAAGGACACACCCAAAUCAAACGUUUGA